CGAAGUCCGGUUGUUUGGUUCUGGCCUCGUGCUCAGCUGAACUGUUUGAAGUACGAUCACGUGUCCGACUUCAACUUCAACUCUUGACUUCAACGUCAGCAAACGCGAUGGAGGACGUCGGUCGCUACGGAACAGUUUCAUUACUCGACGCGUUCACUGGCAAUGCCAUUACGGCCUUUGGAAUCGAUACGUCUCCAGUGACUUUCGGUUCUGACCCCAGCUGCACUGUCCGACUUUUCUACCCAUCGAUCAGCGCGUCUCAUGCCCACAUUACCUUCCAUGACCUCAAAGCUUUUCUCGUUAUUUCUGGACCUACAGGAAUUGAGGUCGAUGGCUGCAAAGUAUACCCACCGAGCACGAUACCCUUGCCGAACCGCACAGAAUUCAGACUCGCGGGGAAGCGAUUCAUGUUUUCGUACCCACCAAAGGAGAUGAGGAGAGUGUUGAUAGAGAGCCCGAUCAAACCGAGAGCAAUCAGGAUGUCGAUGGUGGCACGAGCAGUGAUAGACUCGCCGCAGCCUCCAACAGGACUCAUCAAGGAUCUAGGAGGAGGAGAGUGCGUGCUACUUGAGGAUAUCCCUCGGCCUCCGUCGCCUUCCAAAGGGCCACCAAGCUUGCACAAAAGAGUCUUGAUGAAGAAUGCGAAGCAAGCUGAAGACGAAAUGGAGGAACUCGAGGUCGCGGGUAGGCUGGUUGCCGCUAGUGACAGCGAGAGCGAAAUGAGCGUCAGUGAAGGCGGCGACCAAUCGGAAAGUGAUGAGGAAGGGGUGGCACCGAGUGAGCCUAUGGAGAACGUACCUUCUUCUGAAGCGGACCCAAUGGAAGAGGAGAUAAACGAUGAAGACGAUGUCAUCAUGCCUAUUACGCCCAAAUUGCCUCCGACUGCUCGUUUCUCUUUCUCUUCACGUCCAUCGCUUGGCGGUGGCCCACCUCAGAGGCGCCAGCUUCCUAGAGAACCACUUAACUUUGCUCUGCCUGUUGCAGCUCCUGCCACACCCCAAACUAGCGUGUUCAAGAAAGAGCCAGCCUGGACGACCCCCAAACGCAAGAUUGUUUUGACUGCAGAGGAGAAGAAGGUGUGUACAUCGCCCGACUACUUUAGUUCUGUAAUUCAUACUUGGUGACAUAGGCAAUCUCAGAACGUCGUCGCUCUGCCCUUGUAGCACCCGAUCUUUUCUUUGCUGGACGCGUUCCUGGUCUUUCACCCCCCAAGAAAGCAUCUGA